GGGAGCGGGAAGCCGUUAGAGCGCGCUGGGCGCCGAGGAGCUGCUGAGGGGAGCGGGGACGCGGCCACCGCCGCCGCCGCCAUGCACGUCGUCAAGCGCGAUGGACGCCAAGAACGUGUCAUGUUUGACAAGAUCACAUCACGCAUCCAGAAGCUAUGCUAUGGGCUCAAUGCUGACUUUGUUGAUCCGGCCCAGAUCACCAUGAAAGUGAUUCAAGGGCUAUACAGUGGUGUCACGACAGUGGAACUGGAUACUUUGGCUGCUGAAACGGCUGCAACUCUGACUACCAAACACCCUGACUAUGCUAUCCUGGCAGCAAGGAUUGCAGUGUCCAAUCUGCACAAAGAAACUAAGAAAGUAUUCAGUGAUGUGAUGGAUGAUCUCUACAACUAUGUAAACCCUCACAAUGGGAAGCACUCACCAAUGAUCUCCAAAGAAACACUAGAGAUAGUUUUGGCCAACAAAGAUCGCCUGAAUUCUGCCAUUAUCUAUGACAGAGACUUCUCCUACAACUAUUUUGGUUUUAAGACUCUAGAGCGCUCCUACUUGCUGAAAAUCAACUCAAAAGUUGCUGAACGUCCCCAACAUAUGUUGAUGAGGGUGUCAGUGGGAAUCCACAAAAAUGACAUUGAUGCUGCAAUUGAAACUUACAACCUUCUGUCUGAAAGGUGGUUUACCCACGCUUCACCCACGCUGUUCAAUGCAGGCACCAACCGGCCUCAGCUCUCCAGUUGUUUCCUGCUAUGCAUGAAAGAUGACAGCAUUGAGGGAAUCUAUGACACUCUCAAGCAGUGUGCACUGAUCUCAAAAUCUGCUGGUGGCAUUGGUCUUGCUGUGAGCUGUAUCCGAGCCACUGGCAGCUAUAUUGCUGGGACAAAUGGAAAUUCCAAUGGACUUGUUCCAAUGCUAAGAGUCUACAACAACACUGCCCGCUACGUGGACCAAGGUGGUAACAAGAGACCUGGGGCCUUUGCCAUCUACCUCGAGCCAUGGCAUUUGGACAUUUUUGAAUUUCUUGAUUUAAAGAAGAAUACUGGGAAAGAAGAGCAGCGAGCCAGAGACCUUUUCUUUGCCCUCUGGAUCCCUGAUCUCUUCAUGAAGCGAGUUGAAACCAACCAGGAUUGGUCCUUAAUGUGUCCAAAUGAGUGUCCUGGUCUAGAUGAGGUUUGGGGAGAGGAAUUUGAGAAACUGUAUGAGAGUUAUGAGAAGCAAGGCCGUGUCCGCAGAGUGGUGAAGGCUCAGCAACUCUGGUAUGCCAUCAUCGAAUCUCAGACAGAGACUGGCACCCCUUACAUGCUUUACAAAGACUCCUGCAACCGGAAGAGCAAUCAGCAGAACUUGGGCACCAUCAAAUGCAGCAACCUCUGCACAGAAAUAGUGGAGUAUACCAGCAAAGAUGAGGUUGCAGUAUGUAAUUUAGCCUCCAUAGCCCUAAAUAUGUACGUCACUUCAGAGCACACCUACGAUUUCAAGAAGCUGGCUGAAGUCACUAAAGUUAUAGUCCGAAACCUGAAUAAAAUCAUUGAUAUCAACUACUACCCUGUGCCAGAGGCUGAACGCUCCAAUAGACGCCAUCGUCCCAUCGGCAUUGGUGUGCAGGGUCUGGCAGAUGCUUUCAUCUUGAUGAGGUAUCCCUUUGAAAGUGCUGAGGCCCAGCGCUUGAACCAGCAAAUUUUUGAGACCAUUUAUUAUGGUGCUUUGGAAGCCAGCUGUGAACUUGCCAAGGAACAAGGACCAUAUGAAACAUAUGAGGGUUCUCCUGUCAGCAAAGGAAUUCUUCAGUAUGACAUGUGGAAUGUCACUCCAUCCGAUCUUUGGGACUGGAAGGCGUUAAAGGAGAAAAUUGCUAAAUAUGGUGUCAGAAACAGCCUUCUCCUUUCUCCAAUGCCAACUGCUUCUACUGCUCAGAUCCUGGGCAAUAAUGAAUCCAUUGAACCCUACACCAGUAACAUCUACACACGCAGAGUCCUCUCAGGAGAGUUUCAGGUUGUGAAUCCACACUUGUUGAAAGAUCUCACAGAGAGGGGCCUGUGGAAUGAGGAGAUGAAAAACCAAAUCAUCGCUCACAAUGGCUCUAUCCAGAAUAUACCUGAGAUUCCUGAUGAUUUGAAGCAACUCUAUAAGACAGUGUGGGAGAUCUCCCAGAAAACUAUCCUCAAGAUGGCAGCGGACAGAGGAGCUUUCAUUGAUCAGAGCCAGUCUCUCAACAUCCACAUUGCAGAACCCAACUAUGGCAAACUCACCAGCAUGCACUUCUAUGGGUGGAAGCAGGGUCUGAAGACUGGCAUGUACUAUCUCAGGACAAAACCAGCUGCUAACCCCAUCCAGUUCACUUUGAACAAAGAGAAACUCAGAGAACGAGAGAAAGCAUCCAAAGAAGAGGAAGAGAAGGAGAGGAAUAAAGCAGCCAUGGUGUGCUCCUUGGAGAACCGAGAUGAGUGUCUGAUGUGUGGCUCCUAACAGAUCAGCCCUGCAGUACCAGCAAAGUCACUCCACCUGACAUAAUUCUUUCUGCAAUAGAUAUGUCUAGUUUAACUUCAGGAUGUAGGGACUUGCUGGAACUGUGGCAGGAGCAGUGAUCACAGUAGUGUAUUGUAGCUUCCCCAUUCAUGAAUUGGGGUUGGUACACAGAUACGGAUAGUGUGCAUAAGAAGUUUGUAUAUUGCUUUUGUAGCUGGGCUUCCUGGAAACUUAAGUGCUCUUGCAUGGUCUUGUAUUAUCAGUAGGACCUUUCCUGAACAGGCAGGAAAGUAUUAAUGCCAUUUACCUUAAUGAUCUGCCCUGGGGACUUCAGACAAUUCUUCUCAUUUACUGAAGACUUGUAGUCACAUCUUUAGAAAGAGAAAUGGACCUGACUGAUAUGAUUUUCUUUGCUAUGAUAAGACCGCAGAAAGAUGUCCUUGGGCUAGGCAUGUGGUAUGCUUGAUAUCUGCCUGUCAUGGCAAAGGAACAACUUAUGUUAGGCUUAAGAAGAUGGAGUGUGUGUGGAUAUGCCAAUAAGGUCCCUCUGCCAUUUUCCUGCCAUUUCUUCCCCUCCUUGUCCCCUCUCUCCCCAAGCCUGCCUUCCCCUUCCAAGAAGUUUUUCAAAGGUGCGGACUGGUGCUAUGUGUAUUGCAGGUGAAGACUUCAUCUCCUCCAUUCAGGCUGAUGGAGCAGAGCAUUGCACUUGGUAAAUAUUCUCAGGAAAUGGCAGAACUGCUACAGUGUGUUUUAUUCUGUAUUAAAAACCAAUCUAACUUAUCAGGCAGUUUGCCGAUAAUGGGCUUCCUUGCCAUCCUUGGUCAGAAAGGCUUCUGAAGUGCACACGCCAUCUUCUUUCAAGAGCUACAUUCAUCCACCCCAGCUAGUUAUCUGAUCUUUUAAAAAUAAUAUGUUUUUACUUCUCCACUACUUAACUCCCUGCGCUAAUGCAGUGGGGCUUCAUCACCCAGUUCUUAAAUAUUUAUUGAAUUCAUGUACCAUACAACUAACACGUUAAUCCAGCCCAACUCAAUAAAAUGCAAAAUGUCAAAGGA